CCUAGAUUUCAAAGUUUAAUUUACUACUUAUCAAUACAUAUAGACAUCAUCAUCAUAUGUCUUGUUCAUCUUCCAACGUAGACGAUUCCGUUAUGUCCCUAAAAGAGUAUACUCGUAGUAUGUCGAUCCCAUUUAGCGACAUAGAAUCAGCCACCAACAAUUUCGCAGAUGAAUGUCUUGUUACACAAACUUCUUCCUCAAAAAUUUACAAAGGACGACUCUUGAUGCAAUCAUCAGGAGAAUACGUCAAUAUUGUUGUACGGAAAUGUUUGAAACCACACAAUGCACUCAACGAGGUUAAUAUACUAAAAGAUCUUACACAUAAAAAUAUCGCUCCUACUUUGAAAAUUUUUUAUAGGAAAGAUAUUUUAGUGAAGAUAAACGAGCACGAGGCGAAUGAAAGUCUAGACAAGCAUCUAUAUACGCUAAGUUGGAUGCAGAGACUGCAUAUAUGUGUCGGGAUAGCACGUGCAUUGACUUACCUUCAUUACGAUGCGGAAGAGUAUCACAGUGUGAUACACGGUAACAUCAAGAGCUCCAAAAUAUUGCUCGAUCACGACUGGGAACCCAAGUUAUAUGAUUUUGGAUUUGCUGUUAGAGCUAAAAGGAAUCAGAUUUACCUUACAGAUAAAUACAAUGGCUCAUUACUAUAUAUGGAUCCAGCAUAUAAAACCACUGAAGGUUUGACUCAUAAGUCAGAUGUCUUCUCCUUUGGUGUUGUUCUGUUUGAGGUCCUGUUUGGGAUGGUAGCAUCAUCCGUUGUUCCAACACCAGGUCACAAAGCAGAUCAUUGGUAUUUUGCUCGGAUGGCCCGAGCCGGUUACGAAGAGAAGACACUAGAUGAGAAGAUUGAUCCUGAUCUACGAAAGCAAAUGAGUUGCUUGGAAUCAUUAAACAUUUUCUCCGAGACGGCAUAUUUUUGCUUGAAGGAGCAGCGGUCACAGCGUCCAGAUAUGAAAAAAGUUCUCCAAAAACUUGAGCGAGCGUUGGAGCUUCAACAUAAACAUGAUCAAAGUCUUGGACAUCCGGAAGGUAUAUUAUCCAACCACUUGAAGGUGAAAAAUUUGGAUCACUUAAGAUUUCGAUUGAGUGAUAUACGUUUGGUGACCGACAAUUUUUCCUACACAAAAUGUAUUGGAUCCGGUGGAUAUGGUAAGGUUUAUAAAGCAAAACUUGGCCAUUCUAAUGGCAUAAGUGCAUCAACAGCCACAAAAGGCGACAAUAAAACUGAGUUGCCCGUGGCUAUUAAACGUCUCUUUCGUAGGGUAGAUGGGCAAGAAGAACAAGGGUUUUUAGCUGAAAUUGAACUACUUAGCAAAUGUAAGCAUCGAAAUGUAGUUUCUCUUUUAGGCUUCUGUGAUGAAGAACAAGAAAUGAUUCUAAUUUACGAAUAUGCUUCCAAUGGAAGCAUCCAAGAUUAUUUGGAAAAUAAUGGUAAGAUUACUAAUCUUACUUGGGCCCAUCGUAUAAAAAUAUGCAUUGGUAUUGCAUAUGGAUUGGAAUAUCUUCACAAAGAUACAGAAGACAAAAAGUGCAUAAUUCAUAGGGAUAUAAAGAGUGCAAAUAUUCUAUUGGACGAUAAGUGGGAGGCAAAGAUUGCAGACUUUGGGCUCUCUAAGUUACACCCCACGCAUGACCAACAUAGCACCUUGAUUACCGGUAAUAUUGGUGGUACCGAAGUUUACAUUGAUCCCGAAUAUCUAGAAACAGGUAAUUUGAAAACUAGCUCAGAUAUUUACUCUUUUGGAGUAGUUUUGUAUGAAAUAAUGUGUGGGAACUUAGCAUAUAAGAUGUGCAAUACAAGGGGCCUUCCAUCAAUAGUGUGCCAAUUCAUUAAUAGCGAAAAUAUAGAGAAAUUGGUAGAUCCACGGUUGAAGGAAGCUGGGCUAAAUGAUGGGCUCAAUCACGAUUCAUUAUAUACAUUUUCAAAAAUAGCAAGUCAAUGUGUGGCAAAAGCUCAAGUUAACCGUCCAACAAUGGAAGUCAUCAUUAAAGAACUUGAGAAAUCUUUGAACCUUCAAAAUAAUAGGAAGGACAACCUCCAAAUUUCACUCGAAGUCAUAAAAUUGGGCACACAAAACUUCUGUGAGGACAACUGCAUUGAAAAAGGAAGAUUCUGGAGGGUGUAUGAAGGAGAGAUUUUACUUGCAAAUAAUACCAAUCGGCGUACCCCCAUUGUUGCAAAAAGAUUUGACAGCCGGCGGGAUGAAGGAAACUCUCAAUUUAUAAGAGAGUUGAAAGUUCUUUAUGAGCGUAAGCACGAGAAUAUUGUUGGUCUUCUAGGGUAUUGUAACGAAAUGGGUGAAAAAAUGAUUGUGCAUGAGCACGUGUCUAACGGAACACUGGAUAAGCAUUUGGACAAUGCCGCUGAUCUUACAUGGUUGAAACGCCUCAAGAUAGGCCUCGAUGUUGCAAGGGUAUUGGAAUAUCUUCAUACAGGUGGCAGUACAAAAGAUACUCGGAUCAUACAUAGACACAUCAGAUGUAGUAGCAUCCUACUUGACGGUGAUUGGAGGGCUAAACUUUGUAAUUUUGAGGAGUUCUCAUAUGCUUUGGAACAAAAGAAAGUUGAACAUAUCGAUGAUGAUAAUGCAUAUGGCUCACUGAGCUACUUAGACCCCCGGUACAAAAGGCAACGUUAUUUAGAUGCGGCGUCUGACAUGUACUCAUCAGGUGUGGUUUUAUUGGAGAUGAUGUUGGGGAGAUUGGUGUGUGUAGAGGAAAUGGAGGAAGUUGUUAAGGAAUUUUCUUCGGGUAAAAUCGAUGAUCAUAGACUAAUAUUUGAGGGUAUAAAGGAACAUGUUGAUAUUCAUUCAUUCAAGGCAUAUCAUGCCAUCACCUUUAAAUGCCUUGGUGAUAAUGGUUUUUUGCGGCCAACUGCUAGGGAGUUAGUUAAACAACUUACGUCAGCAUUGGCAUACCAAGAGGAUUAUGAGAUAUGGAAGCCCAAACUCCCUAUGGACUAUGAAAAACUAUCUGAUAUGUCAGGAAAAGACAUUAUUUCUGGAAGGUUUAAAGAUAUUUAUGACAUGCUAUGUGCUGGAUUCUUUUUUCAAAAAGGCAAAGCGUGGUUUUCUUUGGGAAGCAACGGAAAAAGAAAUGUGUUGAUAUCGGCUAAAAAAUUUUCAUACACAAACUACCAUCUACACAAGUGGCGAUCAAAUCAUAUUUCAAGGUUUCAGGUGGUAGCGAAAAUGCUGGAUAUAUCGAAUCUGAAGGUCCGAAUCAAGAUAAAACCUCAACUUUUACUUCCGGGCGAUAACUAUGGUGUUCAUCUAGUCUUUAAGUUUCGUGAACCAGGAAAGUUUCUAUCUAAACACAUGUAUGUUAACCUAAAGUACAAAAGUGGGAGUGACAAUUUACGUUCACAUUAUGCCACAUGGAGAGAAGACGGGUGGAUGAUGAUUGAAUUAUGCCAAAUCCUGAAUUACAAGGAAGAUACUGUGUUUGAAGUUUUACUGGAGAGCUUUUCGCGAAGCCACUGUGGAAGUAGCGUCUAUGUAAAUGGCAUAGAGUUUCGUACCAUAGACAAUGAAUAUGAAGAAAUCAAGAAGCCAAAGGAAGUACAACACUCUCUAGUUGAUUACAAGGAAAUGUUGAAGAGCCCAGGAAAGGCUAACAAGGUUAAAAAACUACAGAGUGAAAAGAUAUGUUUUAUGCUGUCAGAGAUGGAAGCUGCUCCAUACAAGUCUUCAAAAGAAAAGCCUUUUCAUUUGAAAUAUUCAGUCGAGUCAAGAUUUCAAAAGGAAAUCGAGCUUUCAAAGCGACAAGUAUUUGGUAUUAAGGGAAAAAUCGAAAGUCAAGUGUUGUCGCCGGAUACAGAUUACAUGUGUCACCUUGUAUUUAAGCUGUCAGAAACAUGUCACGGGUUGCAUUCUCCUGUGAGAGUAAGGAAUGUUUUACAGUGGAAAAACAAAGAGGUUGGACUUAUUUGCUUUAGGCCUCCAAGCCCAUGGAACUUACCUGAUACUGAUGGGUCUCCAAGAGCAAGGGAUGAUGGAUGGAUGGAGGUUCUUGCAUGGAAAUUCAACUCAAAAUCUGCUCUCAGAAGCAAUCAUAUUCCUAUAUAUAUAAAAUUCAUAACUUAUGAAGGAACCAUGUCUGGCCUUAUUGUAAGCGGCCUUGAGGUUCGGCCAAUGUAAGAGCAUGUGUUAGUGUAUGCCACCCAUGGAGUUUGUCAUCGAUCUUACUAAGUUUUUACUUUCAAGUUUUUC